AUGAGGCUCUUAACAGCAGCUGGGGUGUACGUACACCUCAGUACCUGCUGCCGCAAAGCCUUCUCCACAGGAGCAGCAGCAGGAGCAGCAGCAGCAGCAAGGGAGACAGCAGCGGCAACAACAGAGGAGGCAGCAGCAGCAGCAACACGAGCAGCAGCAGCAGCAACACGGGCAGCAGCGUCAGCAGCAGCAGCGCCUGCAGAAUCCUCUCCACUGGCAGCAGCAAAAGCAGAGACGCGUGAGCUCGCCGCCUCAACCGAAGCAGCAACAGCUGCAGCAGCAGCAGCAGCAGCAGCAGCAAGAGCAACGCCAGCAGCAGCAGAAGCAGAUGUCCCGGCAGCAACAGCAGCAGCAUCAGCAGCAGCAGCACCACGCCUAGCCCCAGCUGCAGCAGCAGGAGCGCCCUCAGCGACAAGGCCAACAGCAGCAGCAGCAGCAGCAGCAGCAGCAGCAGCAGCAGCAGCAGCAGGCUGCAGCAGGAUGUCCUCGGCUCCUCCCGGGGCCCGCCUGCUGCUGGCAGAUGCUGCUGCUCGACUGCAGCAAACCAAAAAUAUAAAACCGCAGCAGCUUUCCAUGUGGCUGCGCAGCGUGCAUGUGCUGUUCUCCUUUAAAGAGUAUUUUCUGCUGCAGCAGCAGGCCUUUUUUAUGCUGCCGCUAGUCCGCUUCAUGAGGCCCGCAGAAGCAGCAAUGUUGGCUCACCAUGCUUCUUUUUUUCUUAGCAGCAGCAGCAGCAGCAGCAGCAGCAGAAGCAGCAGCAAAAGCAGCAGCAGCAGCAGCAGCAAGAAGGUCAGCGGCGGUAGUGGGCCGAGGCGGCAGCAGCAACGGCGCGAGCAGCUGCAGCAGCAGCAGCAAGGGCACGAGCAGCAGCGACAGCAGCAGCAGCAGCAGCUGCUGCUGCAGCAGCAGCAGCAGCAGCUGCUGCAGCAGCAGCAGCAGCAGUGGUGGGACUGCUUCUGUGAAGAGGUGCAGCAAAUCCUCCAAGACGCAGACGGAAGAGAAACUGCGAUGCUGCUGGCAGCAGUUGCGCGCUCUGAGACGCAGCAGCCGAAGCUGGUCCGAGUUCUUCUUGCUGAAGCUGCAGCAUGGGCAGCAGAUAACACUCCAAGAGACAACUCUCUCAUUCGCGAGAGCCACGGAUUAGGGUUUGGGCUGGCUAUGGGGCUAAGGGCAGCAGCAGAUUAA